ACAUUUACAGCUACAGCAUAUGAAUAGUAAUAAAACUCCUCUCUCUCUCUCUCUCUCUCUGCCUUGACCCAGUAUUAAACCUGCAUGCCGGCUACAGACGUCUUCAAAAGUUCAAACACACCCCCACCAUUUAAAAUGCCCCCAUAACAUACCGUAUCUCCCAUAUUUUAUAUCCAGAUUCACAUUCCUUCAAUCCAUCUCUCUCUCUCUCUCUCUCUAUCAUUCCAAUGAUUUUAUAAACAAUCACUGCUUUCCUCUUCAGUAUUUCCUAAAUUAUACUAGCUCAACCCAGUUUAAUUUAAUUACUCCAUCUCCCAACAACCCUUGAAUCAUUUCAUUUCAAGCUUUUUCUAUCAUCAAUCAAUCAUGUUUCCGGUGAACUCACUCCUACUGCUGGCGGGUGCAAUUGUAGUUCUGUUUUUGGUUCUUCGAUUUCUAUCCAAAACAUCUCUUUUACAUUUUCUCAAGAAAUGGUGGCGAUUGAUUGAAGAUGGAUGUUAUGCAUACCAGUUCUACAAAGUUCCGCAAUUCAACGACCAUAUGCAAGAAAAUCAGCUUUACCGGAAAAUUUCCACUUACCUGAAUUCUUCGCCGUCCGUCGAAGACUCCGAUUUCGCGAACCUUUUCUCCGGCAACAAGUCGAACGAAAUCAGCCUUGUUCUCGAUCCCAAUCAAGUCGUGAUGGAUACGUUCCUCAGCGCUAGGGUGUAUUGGACGAACGACAAGUGCGAGACAAAUGGUUCCAGAGCGCUGGUUUUGAGGAUCAGAAGGAACGAUAAGCGUCGAAUUCUUCGUCCUUACCUUCAACAUAUUCACACGGUGUUCGACGAAAUUGAGCAGAGAAGGAAAGAGAUUAAACUGUAUAUCAACGCGGAGGCGGAACCGCAGAGGAACGGACGGUGGAGAUCGAUUCCGUUCACGCAUCCGGCGACUAUCGACACGGUGGCGAUGGACUCGGAUCUCAAGAACAAGGUAAAGUCCGACCUCGAGGCGUUCCUCAAGUCGAAGCAGUACUAUCACCGGCUCGGACGAGUCUGGAAGCGGAGUUACCUCCUGUACGGGCCGUCCGGCACCGGAAAAUCGAGCUUCGUCGCCGCAAUGGCGAAGUUCCUCAGCUACGACGUGUACGACAUCGAUUUGUCAAAAGUCUCCGACGAUUCAGAUCUGAAGAUGCUCUUGCUACAGACGUCGAACAAAUCGAUGAUCGUGAUCGAAGAUCUUGAUCGGUAUUUGACCGAGAAAUCAACGGCUGUGAGCUUGUCUGGGAUUCUGAAUUUCAUGGACGGGAUAGUAUCAUGCUGCGGCGAAGAACGCGUGAUGGUCUUCACGAUGAACGGUAAGGAUAACAUCGAUCCUGCGGUUAUGAGGCCCGGAAGGAUCGACGUUCACAUACAGUUCCCUACCUGCGAUUUCUCAGCUUUCAAAACCCUAGCGAACAGUCACUUAGGGCUCAAAGAACACAAGCUCUUCCCUCAGGUUGAAGAGAUCUUCCAGAUCGGAGGGACUUUGACUCCGGCCGAGAUCGGCGAGAUCAUGAUUUCGAAUCGGAGCUCACCGAGUCGGGCUCUGAAAGCGGUCAUUACCGCGUUGCAGACCAACGUUGACAGGAGGGAGUCCAGUAAAACGGGGCAGAAAUUGGGUCAUAGCGCGUCGGGUCGGACCGCGGAAGAGUCGGGCGAAUCCGGAUUCUUUUGCCGGGAAAGCGUUCACACCGUAAAAGAGUUCCGGAAAUUGUACGGACUACUGAGAAUGAAGAGCAGUAGGAAGGAGUCUAUAGACUUAGAUGCAGCUGAGAAGGAAAAUUCACGGCAUGAACGGCAUGAACAUUAACCCGACAGCUUCCGGCAGAUCAGCCCGUGUUUACAUUCGGAGCUCCAAACAGUUAAGAUCUGGGAUUUUUUUUUUUUUUGUACCCUUGUUCAUCAAAGGGCUUUCUUACAAUACUUCAUUUUCUUUGUACUGUUUUUUCUUUUUCAUCUCAAUACACCUUUUCUUUUUUUUCUUUUUCUUUUUUUUAAGUUAAUUGUUGUAUAAAUUUUCUUUUGAACA